AAAACUUGUCGUAAGCCUGUGUUCACUUCCUUGUUUUUGGAGAUGCUGAGAUAAAAAGUUGUAUUUAAGAGCUGCUGCUGCUCUUGUGAAGUAUCCACACUCGGACAGACUGAAGCUACGCUGAGACACGAGACGAGAAGCAUCAUCUCAUCAUCGACGUCACGAUGAAGCUCCUGGCUCUCUGCGCUCUCCUCUGUGCCAUGGUGGCUCUGAGCAGCGCUGAAGCUGCUGCAGAGCCGGAACCUGAGAACGCAAAAUCAGGAGAGGUCGAUGUUGACAAGAGGACGUGCUGGUGGAAGCGUCCUUGUUGGACGAGGACCGGUCGCAGGUGGAAGCGUCCUUGUUGGACUAAGAUCGUUCACAGGUGGAAGCGUCCUUGUUGGACUAAGAUCGGUCACAAGUGUAAGCGUCCUAGUUGGACUAAGAUCGGUUGCCGCUAUUUCUUCUACGUUCGACAACCUCUGACUUGGCAUCAGGCCGAGAGGAACUGCCGCCGCCUCGGUGGACACCUGGCAUCUGUGCAUUCAAGACGGCAGUAUCUUAAAAUCAGAGCGCUGAUAAAAAAAAGCUCUAGGGGGAGUCCAGCGACUUGGAUUGGAGGCAAUGAUCGGUGUCGGGAGGGUCAUUGGCGCUGGAGUGAUGGUUCCCGCCUCAACUACAAAAACUGGUGCUGUGGAGAACCAAACAAUGCUGGAAACCAGGACUGCUUGCAGAUGAAUUUCUCCCGUCGCAAAUGCUGGGAUGAUGCCCAGUGUUGGCUUAAGCGUCCCUCCGUCUGUGUCAGAAACAGGAGACGGUGAUUUCUGGUCCGAUUCGAAAGGCAUGAAGAACCUGGAACGCUCUAAAUCUCUUUUAUUCUCUCUCUCUAUCUAUUGCUGUAACGCUAAAGGAAAGAUGCGACACGUGACGACAACAGGAGCUGGAUCGUCUCUGAGGCCUUGUGCCCGUAAUAAGAUCAGACUGAAUGUGUAAUGGAAAGGAUGCUUUAAGCACAUCUUCAUUUUUUCUUUUAAAUUAACCUUUUUCUUUCUUUUCUUAUGCAAAAUAAAAAAAGCUUUGAGCAUUGAAAAAAAAAAA